UCUCUCUCUCUCUCUCUCUUUCGAAGUAACCCAGCGACCUCUAACUCGGAGGAACCCAAUAUCAAAGUGGUCAGAGAAACCAACCCGGAUUAUGUCCUGGUACUCGAUUAUUCAGGGAGUAUGUCGACCGCUAAUCGAAUGGUCAGACUCCAGUUAGCGGCCCAGCGGUGGUUGCUUCAUGAGGUUCCGUUGUACAGCUCCGUGGCCAUUGUGAGGUUUGACAGUACCGCCUCCCUCCUCGCCCCGCUGACGAAAAUUGAGGGAGAGACAGAGAGGAAGUCACUAGCCAGUCAGAUUCACACCAGUAACAACGGUGGAACGAGCAUCGGCGCCGGACUGAAGAUGGCCGUUGACCUGUUGGAAGGUCGAGCAGACAAGAACGUGUUUCUCAUCACAGACGGAGAGGAAAACGAAGCCCCAAUGGUAGCUGAUGUGAUGGACGAAAUCAUAAGCAAGAAACUGUGUGUUAGCACCCUAGCUCUGGGAGGCAACGCCGCCAAGGACCUCGAGAAGCUGGGGGACCUCACCAAGUGCCCUUCCUACACCGUCAACGACAACGACGUGUCCAACGCCCUCGAGAAUGCCUUCGAGGGCGUCUCCACCCGCCAGCUGUCGGCCAGUCCGGAAGAAUCCUUUAUCAAGAUCGAGGAGACACCGAAGAUCCAAACAGCGGACGCGACCUACGAAGGCUCGUUCCUCGUAGACAGCACCGUCGGCAGGAACCUGACUUUCCGCUUGAAGGCAGAUGCAAAGAGCCACGUGAUAAGCGGACCCACCCUGGUCAAGCCCGACGGCACGAUUCUUCAGGGCGCCGCGGAUUUCGACGACAUCGGGAACGUGUGGACGGUCGUCGUACCUGAUGCGGAGGUUAGGGGGCCGUUCCAGGGGGCUUCUGGCUCGCCUUUCAGAACGAGGAUGAAGGGGAAUGUAGUCCCAGGGAAAGAAGCAGAUAUAGUUGACGUUUCGAUAGCACACCAUUCAUCUUCAGCAAAUUCAUAG